CGGAAAAAAAAAAAAAACCAUCCCUUUUGUGGAGCCUUCUGCAGAAGUUCAGGAAUUUCAACAGAGUGAUCUUUUGGCAUAAACUGGUUUUUCAAGAGACAUUCCUGCCAUUAUGAAUGAAGUAGCAAUAGUGAAGGAAGGGUGGCUUCACAAACGAGGAGAAUACAUAAAAACAUGGAGGCCACGGUAUUUUCUUUUAAAGAACGAUGGCACGUUCAUUGGCUACAAGGAACGACCGCAGGAUGUUGACCAGCGGGAAUCACCUUUAAAUAACUUCUCAGUAGCUCAGUGCCAGCUGAUGAAGACAGAACGACCUAAACCAAACACAUUUAUCAUUAGAUGCCUCCAGUGGACCACAGUAAUUGAAAGAACAUUUCAUGUGGAGACUCCAGAGGAGCGGGAAGAAUGGACAAAAGCCAUCCAAACAGUAGCAGACAGCCUCAAGAAACAAGAGGAAGAGAUGAUGGAUUUUAGGUCUGGCUCUCCCAGUGAUAAUUCAGGUGCUGAAGAAAUGGAAGUUUCUAUGACAAAGCCAAAACACAAAGUGACCAUGAAUGAGUUUGAAUACCUUAAACUACUGGGAAAAGGCACUUUUGGAAAGGUCAUUUUAGUUAAAGAAAAAGCAACCGGACGGUAUUAUGCUAUGAAAAUUCUGAAGAAGGAAGUUAUUGUAGCAAAGGAUGAAGUAGCGCACACGCUGACAGAAAACCGUGUUUUACAGAACUCGCGGCAUCCAUUCCUAACAGCUUUAAAGUAUUCCUUUCAGACACAUGAUCGCUUGUGUUUUGUUAUGGAGUAUGCUAAUGGAGGGGAGUUGUUUUUCCAUCUGUCAAGAGAGCGGGUCUUUUCUGAAGACCGGGCUCGGUUUUAUGGAGCUGAGAUUGUUUCAGCACUGGAUUACCUGCAUUCAGAGAAGAAUGUGGUUUAUAGAGAUUUGAAGUUGGAAAAUCUUAUGCUGGAUAAAGAUGGACACAUAAAAAUAACAGACUUUGGGCUAUGUAAAGAAGGCAUCAAGGAUGGAGCAACAAUGAAGACUUUCUGUGGCACUCCAGAGUAUCUUGCACCAGAGGUGCUGGAAGAUAAUGACUAUGGUCGUGCAGUGGACUGGUGGGGUUUAGGAGUUGUGAUGUAUGAAAUGAUGUGUGGCCGGCUCCCUUUCUACAAUCAGGACCACGAAAAGCUCUUUGAACUCAUCCUUAUGGAGGAGAUUAGAUUUCCACGCACUUUGUCACCUGAAGCAAAAUCUCUCUUGUCGGGUUUGCUGAAGAAAGAUCCUAAGCAAAGGUUAGGUGGCGGUCCUGAUGAUGCCAAGGAGAUUAUGCAGCACAAAUUCUUUGCUGGCAUUGUUUGGCAAGAUGUAUACGAGAAAAAGCUUGUACCUCCGUUUAAGCCACAAGUUACAUCUGAAACAGAUACAAGAUACUUUGAUGAAGAAUUUACUGCACAGAUGAUAACAAUCACUCCUCCUGACCAAGAUGACAGCAUGGAUUGUGUAGAUAACGAGAGAAGACCUCAUUUUCCUCAGUUCUCCUAUUCAGCCAGUGGAACCGCUUAAUGUUUUGCAAUGUUUUCUCAUUCAGAAACAAAACAGACUGCA